UUUUCUGGUGAAUUAUAGUCAGAACAAUGAAAGAUUGUACUUGUAGUUUAGAUAUUUUAUAACAAUAUAUAAUUACCAGUCUAAAGUGGAGUGGUUGUAAGAAGUAGUCUAAUUCACCAGUCAAGAAUAAAUUUUAACUAAUUACUUGAUUUAAUUUAAUAGUUUACAACUCACCGAUUAUCAAAUUAGACUAACAGUUCAAUUAAAGCAUGUCAUAUUCGGUUUCAUUACCAGAUGAUUCAUUACACUCUUAUGAUGGAGCCAAAAAACCGCCUCUUCAGCCCAAAGAACAACACUCAGAUACUGAAACAACUAACUUUGAAGAUAAUUGGAUGCCAUCACCACUGGUAUUGAAUUGUCCACCAGGAUUGGAAUAUUUAACUAAAAUUGAUAAAUUUUUUGUCAAUAAGAAACAUGAUCCUCUUGAGUCGGAGAACAAAUAUCUUAUCAAAAACGAUUUGGCUCAAAAAGUUUAUACUGCAGUUGAAAAGUACGAUAAAUGCUGUAUGAUUUGUUGUAACACGACCAGACCAUUCGAUAUAAAAGUUUUCGAUUUCCAGGAACGUGAAGUGCUUAAUUUCAACCGACCUUUAGGAUGUCAAUCUUGUUGGUGCCCCUGUUGCCUUCAAAGUGUGAAAGUUACAGCUUCUGGUACUUUAUGUGGUUUCAUCAAGCAAUCAUGGCGUCCUUUUUCACCUAAAUUCAGAAUCUGUGAUGCUACUGGGAAAACUGUCUUACUAAUCAAAGGACCAUGUGACAUAACUUACAUUUUAACAAAAUUCAAAGUAUUAUCAUGUGAUGGUAAAACUGAAGUUGGCCACGUUUCUGCAUAUUUGGCUAGUAUAAUACCAAAGCAACUUCCCAAUGAUCACUUUAGCAUUUCAUUUCCAAUGGAUUUAGAUUUUAAUAUUAAAGCUGUGUUAUUGGCCGCUUCCAUCCUAAUUGAUUGCCUGUUCUAUAAAAGUGCACAAAGGAAUCACGCCAGUCCUGCAUUUGAAGCAGGUUUCGAGGCUGGACAUUGUUUCGCCAUGUGUAUGAUGCAUUGAUUAAUUCAUCUGCAUCAAGACAAUAAUCAUUAAACUAUUCAAUAUCAAUAUUGAUGUUUAAAACAGAAAUUUGAAAGAUUGACUAAAUGCUAAUAACUGUUUAUUUGGUCGGAUUUACUCGAACUGUAUUGCUUUUUUCCGAAACAAUUUGGGUCAAUUAUUGGAUAACUUUUUAUGAUGCUAUUUGGACAUUAAAUUUUUGGAUUUGUAACUUUUUUACAAUCAAAAAUUAAUUGUUU